AAUGCGCGCUUAUUAAGUUUCUUAAAAACAAGUAAUUUCUCAGCGGCCACCACCCAAGUACAUAAUGCCCAUUAAAUUUCUUAAACUAACUUCUUAAAGUUCCGUUAAAAUUAUUAAGAAUCAGUAAAUGCUUUUUAAGAAAAAUAAAGAAAUUGAAAAACAAAACACUGUUUAAAUGAAAAAACCAUAAGUAUCUGCAUAUAAACAUUAAUAUAACUCUUCUCAUCAUCCUUUGAAUUUUUCCGCUGUUAAAAUUGCUGAAAGUUUCCACGAUUUUGUUGGUCCUGAAUAAGUAUCUCCUCAUUAUGAAAACUUCGCUAUGUCAAGAAGAAUGCUUUUGACUUUCUGGGGUGGAUAUUUCCUUAUUAAUUUCGGAAUGGGUUCAUUGGAUUUAAACUGGAUAGCAAACUCAACUUAUGUCCCAUGGGUUUUCUGGUUUUAACUAAUGUACUUCUAUGUAGAAGGAAAGAAAUCAUUAUUUAUGCCUUUACUUAAUAGAUUCUAUAGAAGAGCGGCUGCUAAUGAAACUUAUAUAAUGGAGACUUUUUAUGCUGAAAAUAUAGAAAAUAAAAUAAGAGAAUUAUUAAGAACUACUAAGUAAUAACUACAAUAUUGGGAUAUUCAUACUAGUUACAAUUAAAUUAAAGCUGAAUCAAUUAAUAAUUUCCUUUAAAAUGAAUAUUUAAGAUUACAAAGUCAUAUCUCUAAUAGAGCUUUGAAUAUUCUUAAAACUGCUUAAGGAUUAGAAUAAAUGAACUAAGCUUAAUUAUUACAAAAAUUAAUUGAUGACGCACUUACUUCUAUUGAUAAGGCCUUAUAAGGAGAAAACAGAGAAAAAGUUCUUAAUUAAAUGUUUGAUUUGGCAGUUGAAGGUCUUGCUAAAAAAUAAAUGAAUUAUGAUAAUGAUCCUUUAAUGCCUUUGAUUUUAUAAGGAAUUGAAGAAAAUGUAAGAAAAAUUACUAGUUUAACUAUUGAAGAAUAAAACAAUUUAAUAUCAUUGACUUAAGAAUAAUUAGUAAACUUAAAGAAUGGAGAUAUUAGAGCUAGAAAAGAAUAUUUAGAUUAGUAACCCAAUUUAGAUAAUACCUUAAAAUAAAUGGAUAGUGUUAAAAAAAUGCUUAGUUCUUGGAGUUCCCAAUGA